GAUACCUUUUGUGGUCAAAGCAACAUCUGCUAAUAAUGAUAUUUAAUUGCAGGAGGCUUUGCCACACGCAUUAUUACCGACGAUAGAGGUUCGUAGGUAACAACACAAACGGCAGUUUCAACCUCAAUGAAAACCAACAUGUGACCUAGAGAAGGUAGAAUUUGCCGGCGCAUCCUCAUUCCAAACUGCAAAGCGGCGCGGAGCACAACUCUUCCCAUUCACCCGGGGGCUUCACAGAUGCUGACUUUAUCCAAUGAGAGCACAGAAACAGGGCGAUAUUAAUUUAAUCUCCCCUCCUCCCUUCUACCCUGUCGGUGGUUUAUUCUAAUAAACCGCAUUUCAGCCCACACCAGUCUUAAAAGGGAAUACUGAGUCUAUAAAAUAUAUUGGGGAGAGGGGCGCCAUCAAGGAAUGGGGUUUGGAUUCUUACUUCAAACGCGCCUGAGAGACAACUAUAUAUUGCUGCUAAUGAAGCAGUGGUACUGAAAAAUAUAAGUAAUUAGGUGAUAGUUCCAAAUUAAGAAAUCGGAUUAAAAACAACUAUGAGUUGUAAGAGAACUUGGUAUUCAGCAGUCCUCAACAUGACAGUGGAGCGGCUCUAAAAACUGUGAAAUCUUCUCGUCAUCUACUCGAACAACGCAAUCUUCAGUUAUUAAAACCUUUCAGACGUCAUUCGGAUUAUUUACCUGGAAGUAUAUACUGAAUGGACAACAAACCCGAAGUGAUGGAGUUUACCAAAGUCCAGAAGACAACGAGGAAUCCAUCGGUCACCUCGAGGCGGGUGGAAUUAAGACCGUCAUCUCGAAACAGGAGGAUAGCUUCUAAUUCUACACCUGCUACCUCCAGGAUAUAUGUACAUUUCAUUCUACUUCUUUUGAUAUUCACGCCGAGAGUGGACUCAUCUUGGUGGUACAUCGGGGCUCUGGGGGCACGGGUGAUAUGUGACAACAUUCCGGGCCUGGUGAACAAGCAGCGGCAGCUCUGCCAGCGCCACCCGGACCUCAUGCGCUCCAUCGGGGAAGGCGCCAAGGAGUGGAUCCGCGAGUGCCAACACCAGUUCCGCCACCACCGCUGGAACUGCAGCACGCUCGACCGAGACCACACAGUGUUUGGCCGAGUCAUGCUCCGCAGCAGUCGUGAGGCCGCGUUCGUCUACGCCAUCUCUUCCGCCGGGGUGGUCUAUGCCAUUACACGAGCCUGCAGCCAGGGGGAGUUAAAGAUAUGCAGCUGUGACUCUCACAAGAGGGGUCGCGCUAGCGACGACAAGGGCGACUUCGACUGGGGCGGCUGCAGUGACAACAUCAACUACGGCAUCAAGUUCGCCAAGGCUUUCGUGGACGCCAGGGAGAGGAUGGUAAAAGAUGCCCGGGCACUCAUGAACCUCCACAACAACCGCUGUGGAAGGAUGGCAGUGAAACGCUUCAUGAAGCUGGAGUGCAAAUGCCACGGGGUGAGCGGAUCCUGUGCGCUCAGGACGUGCUGGUUGACCAUGUCUGACUUUCGUCGCACCGGGGACUACCUGAGGAAGAAGUACAACGCGGCCGUGGAGGUCACCAUGAACCAGGAUGGGACAGGGUUCACAGUAGCAGACAAAGACUUCAAGGGGAACCCCAAAAAUGACUUGGUGUACGUGGAACAUUCGCCGGAUUAUUGUCUACUGGACAGGGCAGCAGGUUCGCUGGGCACGGCAGGAAGGGUGUGCAACAAGUCCUCCAGGGGGAUGGACGGCUGUGAGGUCAUGUGCUGCGGUCGGGGCUACGACACAACGCGGAUGAAGAGCGUCACCAAGUGCGAGUGCAAGUUCAAGUGGUGCUGCGCCGUGGAGUGCAAGGACUGCGAGGACGUCGUGGACGUGCACACCUGCAAGCCUCACAAGCGCCCCGACUGGCUGGACCUCACCUGAGUGCUCACCUUCCCCGAAAGUUUCAGUCCCCGCUUCUCUUUCUCUCUCAGGACUUUUUAUUUGUGUUUUCAAAGUGGGACAAUGCAUUCUGGGAUAUGUAGUCUAUACCUCUAAUCCUUCAGACUCCAACAUGCACCUCUUAGCACGCCUUUGGCACUUUUUUUCCCCUCUGACUGCCCCUCACUAAGCACUGAAAGAAAAGAAGAAGAAAAAAAAAGCAUCUGUGGGGCUCGUUUAGAUAAAAGAGGGUGCUUUGAGAGUUGUGUAGGUAGGUGUUAUGGCGUGCAGGAGUGGGCCUUUUUCUGAAGUCUGAGUAAGUGUUUUGGUUUAAAGGGUGAGAACAAAUCCACGGAACUCAAAGGGGUUUUUGGUUUGGAAGUGUGUACUUUGAUCUCAGAUAAGGACGUGGUUUUUUUCUGCUUGCAGAGUGCUGAAGACACUUCUCCAGUGGACACUGAAGUGUGGUAGAAUGGUGAAACGCGAUGCUUGUGUUUGGUGUAUUAUCCAUAUUUGUGAGACCUCUUGGUUUCAGAUCAGAGUAUAUCUGUGGGCUCAGCCCAACCGGUGACCUUCAGGACGGAAAGUUAGCGACUUGGAAAAUCUUGAAUUAAUGGAACGGAAACAAGGAACUGAGCUUAUUGCAGAUGUCAUAAUUUGUGCAGUGAGGUACUCGUGUAUUUGCCCUUUAACCACAAAGGAUUCAACCAGCAGCCAAUAAUAAAUCCAACAUAUGUAACUAACAAGGGAAGAUAUUCAAAGUGCAUUCAAAGCACAAAACAAUCACGAGAGAGCAUUAUAUCACCAAUACAGCUGUGUAAAGUUAAUAGGUCUUCCCUGAAUUUUUCUGUAAAUAGUAUCUGUGCUCUGAAUAUAGCUAACGCAGGUCUAUUCUGGGUUCACCGUGAUAUGUCUUGUGACUGUUUUGAUGAAGGUAAGACCACUGCAUAUCUAAAGCACUUGAUUCACUAUCUCUUACAACGUCACAACAUGAAGAGCACUGUUAUAUUUUUUACCCCUUUCUUACAAUUGAUAACUCCUUGAUUGGAUUUUGAAAAUAACGAUCAAAUGUAAUUAAUGAUUAAAAUUGUUUGUCACUGGAUUGAAAUGUAUUAUGAUAUAUAUAUGUAUAAACAUUUAUAUAUUUAUCAUAACUGUGAACAAAAGCGCUUUAUAUGAACAGGUGGGCUAAGUUUCAUUUGUUAUGUUGAGGGGAGUCACGAUUACUUUCUUUGUGGGACUGUUUUGUGGUUUUAUAAUUAAAUAACUAAGGUGACCCAAAUAACAGAUAAACUAUGGACCAGAUCUGUGUAAGAAAAGGGACACGUCAGUAUCAUAGUCAUCUGACAUCU